CGGGCGCUGCUUCCCCCUCCCUUCUGUUUUCUUCCCUCGUCCUCUUACGUGUGAGAGGGGCGGCAGCUGCUGUUGCCGCUGCUGAGCUGCAAUGAAUGAGCAUCCAGCGCUGCGACUCGCGAGCCCUUCGGAUCGCCUGGAGCUGCCGAGGGACUCGCUGCGAAGCUAUUGAGAUUAGGAAGGAAGCGAGGCUGGGCAGAGCGGGGGUUACGCCGUCCGCCGCCUGCGGGGAAGGCUUAAACCGCACCGUUUCUCCUCCUCCCCUUACCUCUCUCUUCUUCCUUCCCCCCCCCCAUCCCUCCUUCACAGCGGGAUGAGCCGGCAUGGGUGGUCCGUGGUCCGAGGCGGGAUGCCGUGAACGGAGCACGCCUUAAACUCUUACCUAUUGUGCGAAGAGACGGUGCCCGAGAACCGCAGCCGCGCCAGCCUGUUAACUCCGCUGCCGCAGCGGAGAAGCCACCCAGCAGCAGCCACUCGGAGCGGAGAGAGGAGGACCUCAUGCCUACUAGAAACGGUGCUGCCGCUGCCCAGCCCUGACAGUUGAAGGGCGAGGAAAGCCGCCCCCUCUCCCCCCCACCCCGGGAGCAGGGACCCCGUCUCGGUUUCGCGAUGGCUAAUAGGCCCCGGGUCAGCGAGACUCUGAAAGUGGUGGUCCGUUGCCGCCCCAUGAACAGGAAAGAGGAAGCCACCGGCUACGAGAGGAUCCUGGACAUGGAUGUGAAGCUGGGCCAGGUGACUAUCCGGAACCCCAAGGCUUCUCCAGGGGAACUGGCCAAAACCUUCACCUUUGAUGCUGUGUACGAUGCCACCUCCAAGCAGGCAGACCUGUAUGAUGAAACGGUCCGGCCCUUGAUCGAUUCGGUCCUGCAAGGAUUCAACGGCACCAUCUUUGCCUACGGUCAGACGGGUACCGGGAAGACCUACACUAUGCAAGGGAUCUGGGCUGACCCUGAGAAGAGGGGUGUCAUCCCCAUCUCCUUUGAGCACAUUUUCACCCAGAUCUCCCGUUCACAGAACCAGCAAUAUUUGGUCAGGGCUUCCUAUCUGGAGAUCUAUCAAGAAGAGAUCCGAGAUCUCCUGGCAAAAGACCAGAGUAAGAAAAUGGAGCUGAAAGAGAACCCAGAAACGGGUGUUUACAUCAAGGACCUUUCGUCCUUUGUGACAAAAAAUGUCAAAGAAAUUGAACAUGUCAUGAAUUUGGGGAACCAAACUCGAUCGGUGGGCAGCACGAACAUGAACGAGUACAGCUCCCGCUCACACGCCAUCUUUGUCAUCACGGUGGAGUGCAGUGAGAUUGGCCCAGAUGGAGAGGAUCACAUCCGGGUAGGAAAGCUCAACCUGGUGGACUUGGCUGGGAGUGAAAGGCAGAGCAAGAUGGGCGCCCAGGGGGAACGACCCAAAGAAGCCUCCAAGAUCAACCUCUCCCUCUCCGCUCUGGGCAAUGUGAUUUCAGCCCUGGUGGAUGGCAAAAGCACCCAUAUCCCAUACCGGGAUUCCAAGCUCACCCGCCUUCUGCAGGACUCUUUGGGUGGCAAUGCCAAGACCAUCAUGGUAGCCACGCUGGGCCCAGCUUCCCACAGCUACGAUGAGAGCUUGUCAACCCUCCGAUUUGCUAAUAGGGCCAAAAAUAUCAAGAACAAGCCACGAAUCAACGAAGAUCCUAAAGAUACACUAUUGCGAGAGUUCCAGGAGGAGAUCAUCCGCCUGAAGGCCCAGUUGGAGAAACGUGGGAUGCUGAGCAAGAAAAGGCGGAGGAGUAGCCGGAGAAAGAAAACCAUAGAUGGGGAGGGAACCCCUGAAGGUGAAGAACCAGAGGACAAUGAGGAUGGAGGGUUGGAAAAAAACAUGAAAAAUUACUUGAAGGAGCAAAAGGAGAGGUUGGAGGAGGAGAAAGCAGCAAUCCAAGAUGACCACAGCCUGGUGAAUGAGGAGAAGCAAAAGCUACUGGAGGAGAAAGAAAAGAUGAUUGAGGAACUCAGGAGGGAGCAGGAGGCCACUGAACUUCUAGCAACCAAAUACAAGGCAAUGGAAAGCAAAUUGCUGAUUGGCGGAAGGAAUAUCAUGGACCACACAAAUGAGCAGCAAAAGAUGCUUGAGCUGAAGAGACAGGAAAUUGCAGAGCAGAAGCGGCGUGAGCGGGAAAUGCAACAGGAAGUGCUUUUGAGGGAUGAGGAAACCAUGGAGCUCCGGGAGACAUUCACUUCUUUACAGCAGGAAGUAGAAAUCAAAACCAAGAAGCUCAAAAAGCUUUAUGCCAAGCUUCAAGCUGUGAAGGCAGAGAUCCAGGACCAACACGAUGAAUACAUCCGAGUGCGGCAAGACCUGGAGGAGGCACAGAAUGAGCAGACACGAGAACUGAAACUCAAGUACCUAAUCAUUGAAAAUUUCAUCCCCCCUGAAGAGAAGAACAAGAUCAUGAACCGCCUCUAUUUUGACUGUGAGGAGGACCAGUGGAAAUUCCAGCCCUUGGUGCUGACUCCAGGGAGCAGCAGCAGCAACAACAACUCCACUACUGGGACUCAGAUGAAAAAGCGCCCAACUUCUGCAGUGGGAUACAAAAGGCCAAUCAGCCAAUAUGCUCGUCUAGCCAUGUCAAUGGGAUCCCAUCCUCGGUAUCGGGCUGAGAACAUCAUGUUUCUGGAACUAGAUGUCUCUCCUCCAGCUGUAUUUGAGUUUGAGAUCACACAAGACCAAAGUGAGCAGGACCCACGAGCAUUGCAUUUGGAGAGGUUGAUGCGCCUAGAUAGCCUCCUGGAGCGACCUGCGGCAUCCCGAGUACGGAAGUCGCGAUCUUGGUGCCAGACUCCUCGCACCUUGCCGUCUUCAGCAACACAAGUCUCCCUGUCCUCCAGCUCACAGAAUCCUUCCACAGCACUGGCUCACAAAUAAUAUCCCUCGAGCCCUUCCCCUUCCUUCAGAUAUGAGGACUGCGCUCUUUCUGCCACUGAUUGCCUCUGAGAACACAUAGUCCAGGGAGAGGUGUCCCCUGCACUAGCUCAUCUUUGUCUUUAGCUACUGUGUGUGUGUGUGUGUGUGUCUGUAUGAGAUGAUGGCUCCUUGGGGCCCACAUCCCCAGCGUUCUCUGGAUCUGUCACCCAAUCACUCUAUUUAUUUAACAUAUUUAUUUAUGGUGUGUCUUUGUGAUGAUGCAGGUUUCAAGCUGAGCAGCAACUCCAGUUGGUGGAAGGUGCAGUGCUACUGGCUUUCUGUGAGAGUUGGGGAAUUUGCUCAGUGCACAAUGUUUCUAGAAGACAAUGCUUGCUUUUUCUUCAUUCCAUGUAUGUUUUAGAUUCAGAAGAGAAAAAUAAUUAGAGGGCAAUGAGAACAAUCUGUACUUAGCUCCAGUGGCAGUUCUGUCUGUUUCUUCUGGAUUGUGGAAAUCAUAAUCACCUUUGAUGAGUAUACUAUGCAGUGAGGAUGAUGAGCAAAGUAGGCGAGUCUCAGGGGCAAGAUCUUGAUCUCACCAAAAUCUAUGGAUUUCCUUUUGCUUUUGCAAUAAGGACACAGGUCUUAUUUCAUCUUCUCUUCAAACCCUCUUCAUCUACUCUCCACAUACAGAUGUUGCAGAGAAAUAGCCUGGGCAUCAAUCAUGCAAGCAGAACUAUGAGAGGGCUAACUAAAGCAUCUUUGUGAUUUUGGGAAACAUUCUCUGCACCUGGUUGAGAAAAACCAGGCUUUAAGCCGCUAAUAAUUAAAAAAACACCACUUGAUCAACUUACCAAGACAAGGAGUCACUUGUACGUUAAUUGGGAAGAACAUUUUUAUACUUGAAAACAAACUAUGUAAAGUGGGGAAGGGGAGCUGAAUUAGUAUAAUCUUCUGGAUAAUUCACAAAGUCCUUUCAGUGGCAAUUGCAGGUUUAAUAGAGCAGCCAGCCUAGUAGUGACAAGAAUUUUCUGGAUCUAAACAGACCAAUAAGAAAUAUUGGGGGGGGGGAAACAGUUUUUAUAUCCAGUAUCUCUCUCUGCCUAAGUUUAUCUUUUGCACUUUGGCUUAUAUUUCGAAGAAUGGCUGCUGGUAACUUUAGCUACCAUGCUUCCUGGUAUUGACAUUUUAGACAAACCCAGAGUUACUCAGAUCCAAUCAUAUAAGCCAUCAUGAAUUUCAGAAAACAAGUUUAGAAAGCCUAAUUUGACUGGCUUUAAUAGGAAAGGAAAGAGAAGGAAAUAUUGAGGUUGAUGAAUGAUCCUGAUUGUUCUGUCCAAUUCUGGCAGUAAUUUGUGCUACAGAAAGAGCUUACCUCUCUGUGCUUUGAGUUCUGAGUAUUGAAAUGCUUGACGGAAGGAUAAGAAAACAUCUGGCAUCAAAAGAGCUAUAGAACAGAGCUGGGCAAAUUCAAGAGUGUCGACAGAAGUCAAACUAUGACAGCUUAUAUACUGAGGCAUGUAACACUUGGGAUUUCUGACAAAGUGAUUUUCCCAAAUCAUACCUUUUGGUCUCCUUGCUUUCUCCUUGCAGGAAUAUUUUUGUUCUAGGAUUCAAUGGUUUAUUUAGGAAUUUGCUUCCUCUGGGAUUAAAAUGUUCAAAUCAUUUAUUAUCUUUCAAUCAUUGAGAGAAUCAUAAUAGCACAAAUUCUUACCAUUGUUACAUAAUCUAUUAUCUCAAAUGAAGCAAGUACAGAAUUGAGGGCAAUUGCUAUUGCAAAGUCAUUAAUUUGGGCUCCCUGUUUGUAUUGUCCAUGUAAAAAUUACACCGUUCAAGCAAUAGGUAGUCAAUUUGGUACCUUUAGUACUAAUGGCAAGAGGACAUUUUCUGGCAAGUUACUAUUAACAUGAUAUAGAAAAUACUUUCUAGAGAUGGUAAUGUGAGAACUAAUACAUCUCAGUGUUAUAUAAUUUAACCAUAAUUGGCAUACAUGUAGUAUGUCAAUUUGCCUUUUAUUUUGUUGACCCUAAAGCUCUGCUUCAUCUUUUGGUCAGAUUGUUUUUAGUAGCUAUUGGUAUUCCUAUUAUGUUUGCUUGCCAUGCUUUUUUAUGCUGCAUGUAGCUGAUGAAUCAUGGGAGCUAGUACAAGAAUAUUGUUAAAGAUCAAAGGCAACAAAAAUUUUCAGGGAUGAUAGUUAAGAAUCUAGUUAGAAGCUAACCUGAUUCUCAGACCAUAAGAAUAUGUGUUUCUUUUCUCCCCAACUUUUAAAGGAGCCAAACACGCCUUCUUCACCAAAAGGUAAAAAAAGCUUGAAUCCACUUACUCAAUGCCUCUUUGCCUUUGAUUUCUGGAGUCUCUUAAAUUCUAAAUACCUUGGAAUCAGGAUCAAGCACAUCUAAAUGCAUCUUUUAAGUUUACAGCACAAUGUUCACAUACAGAAAGAAGAAUGAGGAAGUCUGGUCAAUUCAUUUGUGGACUUAAACUCAUUAAUAUCACUUGAAUUUAAUAUAACUGGCCUUUUUGUCAUCUAGAAGUUAUGUGCCAUGGACUAUAAAAAAUAUAUGAACUGGAGACCUGUGAAAAUAAAAGAGACAUGCCCUUCUUCAUUGCAAAGGAAAGUUAAGAGAUGCUCUCACAAUGGAAAAGACAUUUGACCAGAAUUUUCCCCCCCAUCCAACCAGGAUUAAAAUUGGAUGCUGGUAAACUGAGGCCGGUUGUUUUUCCUGCCUAAUCACGUUGGCUCUAGAAAUCUGGGGUCACUACUAGACAAUUAACCACAUCUAGCAGUUUGAAGCAGUGACUUGUCUGCACACAAAUACGGGGAAGGAUGACACUUUUGACAAUGUACUGUACUCUGGCCGUAUAUUCAGUGUCUGAAGAUCUCUCUUAUUUCUCAACCUGCUGCUGUGCUGCCAUUAACCUCAGAUAACUUCCUAGCACAAACCACAAGAACUAUUGCAAAGAAAUAUUGUAACUUAAGACAAGAACCAAUUACUGAUAGCUGUGGCAGCCCUUCAUCUUCUACAGUGGGGCUAGGACAUUCCUACAGCUCUGCUGCAUUGCUGCAACAACCUCAGAUGUAGAUUUCUGAUGUUCUUUGUUCUUUGUAUGUCAGAGAGUCUGUAUUUACAUAUGAAUGUAUGUGGUGAGUAUGUAUGUUGUGUGGGUAUGUAUGGGUGUCCCACCCAGGGAAAAUCUUGGGAUUUCUAUUUAGGAGAUUGGAGAGGGGGGGAAAUCCAAAGGGAAAUUAAAAAAAAAAAAGGGAGGGACUGGUUGGUUGGCAAGGUGAGGCCUCUACUGGGACCAAAAUAUUGUGCCUGUUACUGUGGUGAUUUACUUUGGCAGUCAAAAAUUGGUGUACGGUGGCCCAUGCUUGUUGCUCUAUACAUAUGACUUAUACAGGACAUAUUAUGCAUAAUAUAUUACACAUGAUGUACUAGAAGAGGUUGGUGUCCCAACUCCCUCUGGUUUUGGAUGGAUAGCUUUUCAAUACACUGUAAUGUUGCUUUGAUUUGGUGUAGGCCUGAAGAGUGCUGAGCAGUACCACAACCAAAUCCCAGCCAUGACAAUAAAGGAAUGAGCAUU